CAUUACUGUGUUCUUUAGUCCGAGAUAGAGAUAAACGACAAUAACAGGGAACCGGCCUGUACUUCCUAUUAUUUCUGCGGAUAUAGAAAAAGAAUAACAUAUAUCGGUGGAUUCUUGCUUUAAAUAAUCGCAUUUGGAUAAUUGGGGCCCACAGAGUCGCAGAAAUGAGUCAAUGGUUGGAGCUUCAGCAACUGGAUUCGAAGUUUUUGGAACAGGUGGACCAGCUUUACGAUGACAACUUUCCAAUGGCCAUCCGCCAGUAUCUCAGCAACUGGAUAGAGGUUCAUGACUGGGAACAUGUUGCUAAUGUGGAGAACGAAUCCCUGGCCACUGUAAGGUUCCAUGACCUGUUGACCCAGCUGGAUCAUCAACACAGCCGCUUCGCGAUGGAGAAAGACUUCCUGAACCAACAUAACAUCCGCAAGAUCAAACGGAACUUGCAGAGCCUCUUCCAAGACAAUCCUGUUGCCAUGGCGAUGAUCAUCAGUAGGAAUCUUAAUGAGGAAAGGAAGAUUCUGGCUGCUGCUGAAAUGUCAGAGAAUCGAGCAGAGAGCGCCCAAAACGACAUGAUCGUUGAGAAACAUCGAGAGAUGGAUGGAAAAGUGAAAGACAUAAAGCUGAAAGUACAGGAAACAGAGCAAAUCAUCAAAAAUCUUGAGGACCUGCAAGACGAAUACGACUUCAAGAACAAAACUCUCCAAAGCAGAGAGGAUCUGACCGGGACCAUUUCAAAAGAGGACUUGAAUCGUGAAAGAGUGAUCAUUUGUGCCAUGUUUAUGAAACUCAACGACAUGAGAGCGGGUGUGAUUAGUCAGAUGUCGGAAGUAUUGAAUCUCAUGGAUCAGGUGGUGUUCGAGUUAAUCUCAUCAGAACUUGCUGAUUGGAGGCGUCGUCAGCAAAUGUCCUGCAUUGGUGGAGUAACUAAUGUCUGCUUGGACCAGCUACAGAACUGGUUUACUUCCGUCGGAGAGUCUCUGCUUCAGCUCAGACAGCAACUGAAGAAACUUCUAGAACUGGAGCAGAAAUUCACAUGCGAAAACGAUCCCAUCACUUACAGCAAGAGCACUCUGGAGGACAGGAUAACGUCAAAUCUCAAAACUCUCAUUACAAGCUCCUUGGUAGUUGAGAGACAGCCUUGUAUGCCGACCCAACUUCAAAGGCCGCUUGUGCUGAAGACGGGAGUUUUGUUCACUCUCAAAAUCAGGCUGCUUGUAAAACUUCAGGAAUUCAACCACACAGUUCGAGUAAAGGUGCACUUUGAUAAGGAUGUUGUUGAGAAACGGAAAGGGUUCCGUAAAUUCAACAUCUUAGGAACAGCCAUGAAGGUGAUGAACAUGGAGGAAUCCAAUGGAAUGGCAGCGGAAUUCCGUCACUUGCAACUGAAAGAGCAGAAAGUUGCCGGAAACAGGACCAGUGAGGGCCCACUGAUCGUCACAGAAGAACUUCACUCCAUCACAUUUGAAGCAGAACUCUGCUGGUCUGGACUCGUCAUGAACUUUGAGACCACUUCUCUGCCCAUAGUCGUUAUCUCCAACGUCAGUCAGCUACCCAGUGGAUGGGCUUCCAUCAUGUGGUACAACAUGCUGAUCUCCGAGCCCAAGAAUCUUUUGUUCUUUGUGAGUCCUCCUCCAGCAACAUGGUCCCAUCUGGCAGAGGUGUUGAGCUGGCAGUUUUCAUCCAUCACCAAAAGAGGGCUCAAUCAAGAACAGCUAAGCAUGCUGGGUGCUAAACUCCUGGGUCCCAAAGCAAUGAUGGAUACCGAAGCUCAGAUUCCUUGGAAUAAAUUCUGUAAGUCUGGCAGUGAGAAAAACUUCACCUUUUGGUUGUGGAUUGAAGCAAUUUUGGACCUUAUAAAGAGACACCUGCUGAGUCUGUGGGAUGCUGGGUGUAUAAUGGGAUUUGUGACCAAGGACCGAACUAAAGCGCUGCUACAUGACAAAGCUCCUGGGACAUUUCUGUUGCGCUUCAGUGAGAGCAAUCGCGAUGGAGCCAUUACGUUCAGCUGGGUUGAACAUGACGCAAAUGAAGAGCCACAAAUUCGGUCAGUGGAACCCUACACAAAGAAGGAACUCUCUGCCGUCUCACUUCCCGACAUCAUUCGGAACUAUCGUGUGAUGGCAGCCGACAAUGUCCCAGAAAACCCUCUGCGCUUCCUCUACCCCAAUUUACCCAAAGAUGAAGCUUUCAAAAAAUACUAUUCCAAACCUACAGACAAACAAGAACCAAUGGAUGUUGAUAAGUCGUCAGAUGAGGGCUACAUCAGCACCACACUCAUCUCCAUCUCUGAAAUGAAAACAUCAGAAUACGACAACAUACUCAUGCCAAUGUCACCUGAGGUUUACGGCGAACUGGAGCGCAUGAAUCAGUACAUUGGAGAUCUUGGAGUUUUGGAGUUGCGGGCAAAUGAGUGAUUUGAAAGGACAGACGACUGGCAAAAAGUAGAAGACUUUCUAGACUUUUCUUAAAUAAUUGUGUGCGUUCUUGUAAUACCAUAAACCAUACAAGAGCAACAAGUUGAGGAACAGAUAUAGCCAUUUAGGUAGACAAUAAGCAUUGCUAUGUUUCAUUAUAACACUGAGGAAUUUCUUUGAAAAACACUGGAUACUUGCUGUCAUCUGAAACGAAAAGAAACACUUACAGGAAUACUUCACCCAAAUAUGAAAAUUCAGUCAUGUCCUCACCAAACCUGUAUUCUUCUGUCCAACUCAAGAGGCGGCAAAUGGUAGCCUCAGUCAGCAUCCAUUUUUGUAUGGAAAGAGAUGCAGUAAAAGUGAAUGUGAUCGAGGCUGUCAGUCCCUAACUGGAACUACAGGAGUGAGUAAAUUGUGAUUUUUAGCUUUGGGGUGAAUUAUCCCUUUAAGUCCAUACAACUUAAUGUUGUUGUUACCUCAGUGUACCCAUCUAGCAAAUAACUACUUGAUAAUGUGAUUCAGGGAAUUGGUGUAUAAAUAGCACUUCAUUUUUAUAGCACUUCAUUUAUCUUUGCUAAUAUGCCAAGUAAUGAGUAAAAGGCAGAGAAAGUGAGAGAAGUUAGAAGGGUGAAUCUUACAAAACCUGUCAAGAACUUUUCAAGUAAUACUUCACCCCAAAAUCAAAACAAUAAGACAUUGUCUCACUCAUUGCUAUAAUGCAGAAUUUGUUUUUUAAUUCAAUUGUAAAGCAAUCCUAAUUUUAUUCUAGUAUUCUUUUCAAUAAUACGGUAAAAUAUUACUUUAUUACAGUAAUGAGGAUCUAAUAUGAAAUUGAGAAAAACUGUCAAAUGUCCAGACACAUUGUAAUAAUAUAUGUAAAGAUUAAGAUUUGUUAUAUUAAAAUGUAAUAUUUUUGAGCAUUUUAUAAAAUAAUAUUUAGCAUAAUUUAAAAAUGUUUGAUUUUGGGGCAAAAUCCUGGUCAUGUUUUCGUGAGAUUUACCUGAAAAGAGCCAAAAAAUUCAGGAAUUUAUUUCUGAUUUAAAUGUUUAAGCUGUUAGGUGUUUAUUUUUUCUAUACACCGUCUCUAUACUCUGAUUUAUUUUUUUUGCUGAUGCUUUAUUUGUAUUGUGCCUACUUUAUGUUCUUAUAUGUACUUUAUGUAGUUACUUCCACUUUUACACUGGAAUGUACUGCUAUGUUAAAUAACAGGGUAUUAUUUGUCUCAAGAUUAAUUUGUCGAGCACUGGAUUUUUUUGGGAAUCCCUCAGAUUGAAUUGCCUCGUACAGCUAUAGAAACGUUCGUCAUAGACCAACACCCCCCAAAAUCAAACAAACAAUAAACAGCACUUUAUCGACAUACAGUAGCAUCAUGUUUUGAUCUGAUAAACAUCUAAAAACAGCAGAUAAAUGUACACUGAUGAUCAAAAACAUUAUGACGACUCACAGGUGAAGCAAAUAACGUUGAUCAUCUCCUUACAAGGCCACAUGUCAAGGUCUGGGUAGAUUAGAUGGUAAGCGAACAAUCAGUUCUCGUAGUCAACGUGUUGAAUGCGGGAGAAAUGGGCAGGAGUAUAGCCCAGAGCAACUUUGACAAAUGCUAAAUUGUUAUGGCCAGACGACUGGAUCAGAGCAUCUCUGAAACGGCAAGGCUUGUGGGCUUCUCACGGUCAGCCGUGGUGAGUACCUACAGACAGUGGUCCGAGGAGGGACAAACCACAAACCGGUGACAGGGUGUUUGGCGCCCAAGGCUCAUCGAUGCGUAAGGGCAAUGAAGGCUAUCCUGGUCUCAAGUCACAGAAAAUUGUAAUGAUGUUACGGGAGGAAUGUGUCACAACACACAUGGGCUAGGUAUGGGGCUGAGUAGCCGCAGACCAUCAAGAGUUCCCAUGAUGACACCUCUCCACUGUCGAAAGUGCCUAUAAUGGGCAUGUGAGCCUUGGAACUACACCUUGGAGCAUUGGAAAUAGGUUGCCUUGUCUAAUGAGUCACGUGAAUGGUUGUGUACGUGUGUGCCAUUUACCUGGGGAAGUGAUGGCACCAGGAUGCAUGACGAUGACAAGCCGUGGGAGGGAGUGUGAUGCUCUCGACAAUGUUCUGCUGGGAAACCCUUGUUCUGGCCAUUCAUGUGGACGUUAAGUGCCACCCACCUAAACAUCGUUGCAGACCAGGUACACCCCUUCAUGGUAAUGGUAUUCCCAGAUGGCAGUGGGGGAAUAAUGUGCCCUGCUACACUGAACAAAUUGUUCAGGAAUGGUUUGAGAAACAUGAUGAAGAGUUCAAGGUGUUGCCCUGGCCUCCAAAUUACCCAGAUCUCAAUCCGAUUGAGCAUCUGUGAGAUCUGCGGGACAAACAAGUCCGAUCCACGGCGACUCCACUUUGUAACUUACAUGACUUGAAGCAUCUACUGCUAAUGAUUUGGUGCCAGAUACCACAGGACACCUUAAGGGGUCUUGUAGGGUCCAUGCCUCAACGGGUCGGCACUGGUUUGGCUGCACACGGAGGACCAACAGCAUAUUAGGCAUAAUGUUUUGGCUCAUCAAUGUAUGUUCUAAAUUGUAAACAUUAGCUGAAUGUUGUUUUAACAUCCAUUAAUGAACGUUUAUAACGUACAAAUUGCACCUUCUGUAUUAAAACGCAUUCAUAGAAUAAACAUAUGCGUGCUAUCAGGGUUAAAAAAAAGUGCAAAAACUACAAUUAGAGUUUGAAGUAUUUAUUUAUUUUGAAUUUCUUGUGUAUGCAAUAUAUAUUGAGCAGUUUUGACAUAAAAUUCAAACAAAUCUAGAACAUCUAUAGCAUUGCAUAAAUACAAAAUUGAAUCAAAAUCAAAUAUAUUAUAUUUAACAACACGAUGCAGCACAUUCAUAGCAGUAAAUAACAAAUGGCGCAAUAUCUGAAACGGCUUUUUCCGCAAACGUUUUAAACAAUGCAAUAAAAACAUAACUUAAGUGCAACAUUAUACAAAUAAUUACCUACAUAUAUUAAUGUUGUCGAGUCUUAUAGUCAUGUUCCUUCUGUUUAUGCUUCCAAUAAAUAACACAUUUCUUGUAGUUAAGUAUGUACACCCACACACACAUUAACAAAACACACAUUUACAAUACUUUUACAGUAACAUUAGCGUCCCACUUGAAAAUAUACACAUCAAGUGUUUCAAGUAUACGCAUGUCUCUAAACUUUACCAUCAAUUCAGUAAAACAAUCAAGUGUGCUUUUAUGCAAAAAAUGUGUGCUUAUAGACAUGAAACCAUCCAUCUCCAAAGGGACUUUGUGCAGAGUUGCACAACUGGUGGGACGUUUUAAGAUUGCAUUUGACUAUAGCAGGCAGUAAUAAUAUCAGUGCCUUUAUUUUUCAACUUGUCAUUCCGUACAUAACUGAUACUAAUGCAUGUUCUGACAAUUAAACAGUCAAUUUAUAAAAAUUGUUACUUGGUUUAUGUACACAACAUGAUCAUUAAAUAAAACCAUGUGUUACAAUGGCUUAUUAGUAGUUAGUUUCUAUUUUUGUUAAGAAACCGAGUUUGUCUUAUUGUGGAGAUGAAGUCCAUUUGAAGCAGCCUGGAGUUCAAUGUUUUGUGCAUGAACUAAAGGCGACCUUGCAACUUUCCAGUUUCAGGGAAACGUUUGUGUUGUUUUGACAUGUAAUUAUCGAUUAGACAAAUGCAAUACGAUUUCCUGUACGUUUUAAAUCUGAAAAUGGUUGAUUUUUAGGUGAUAUGGAUUUGGAAGUACAGAAAAUACCUGUAGUAGUGCAAAGUGGUCCGUGUAAAGCUUAAAAGUAAUUAAAUUCCAAACAAACAAAUAAAAUAAGUGCAAACACUUCUUAACAAUCAAAGAACAGUGCCAUAUUAGGAACAUAUGAUACACAUUCAAUAAAUGCAUACAGACCCAUUACUCUCUUUAUUGUUGACUACAAGACCGAAGUAGACUGUAUUUUAAAUAAAUAAUAAACAAAUAAAGUUUAAAAAGGGAAAUUAGAAUUACAAAUCUCAGCCAAUGCUAACCUCUCCAGUCCUUCUUAAAGCUGCCAUUUUUUUAAAUAUCUAUCUGACAUCAUUAUAUUCAACGAAACAAACCCCCCAAAAAGUGUCUCAAAUCGUACAACAAAUGUACAUGAUUAACACUUUACAAUUAGGCUCUAUACCUUACCAUACGUUAAUACAUUAGGUAUUAUCAGCAUUUAUUAAUCUGGAUUAAUGUUAUUUUAUGAAUAUACUUUUUCAACGUUCCUGUUAGUUCAUAAAUGUAUACAUUAUAUACUGUACUGUACAUUACAUACCUCCUAAUGUUAAAAAUAUUUGUAUAUGGCAAAUUUAGCAUCAAACAAGAUUAAUAAAUGCUGUAAAAGUAUCGUUAAAUGUUAUUUAAUGUUUACUAUUGUGUUAACUAAUAUUAAUGUAUACAACCUUAUUGUGAAGUGUAACCUCUACUUGAACUAUACAAUAUAUUUUUAUAGUUUAACACACCACGCAUACUGUACUAACACCACAAAACUGGGUUCAAAGGGGCCAAACCCCUUUUUUUUUUUUCUUUUUUUUUUUUAAA